AACAAUCACAUUUGGUUGGUAGCUGAAAAUGAAUACCACACAACACACAGGAAUUCAAGAAAGAAAAAAAAAAUAUGAGUUGAAGGGCAAUUGGAACAUAAAAUAAACAUAUUCAUUUUUUUGAGGCUCUAAUAAAUUUACCAUCAUCAUCCACCAAUUCCUGGGCAUGGCCGUGCUACCUUUCUCAUACUCAAGAUCUCCCACUUUAUCUCUACCAUCAUCUCAACAAAUAAGGCCUAAAACAAAACCAAAUUCCAAGACAAACACAUGCUCUCUAAUCCACUGCUGCCACAGCCAAACAGAACCAAUCGAACUAAAUGGCCAAGCCAGAUUUCGAGAGAAGAACCCUGCCACUGCAGUUGCAUCCCCCGUGGUUGUUCCACCAAGGCCUCGAAGGAUAAUCCUUGUUAGGCAUGGAGAGAGUGAAGGAAACGUGGAUGAGAGCGUGUACACAAGAAUACCUGAUCCAAAGAUAUCCCUCACUGAGAAAGGAAAGGUCCAAGCAGAGGAAUGUGGCAACAGGAUAAAGCAAAUGAUAGAAAAUGACCAUGACCAACAUUGGCAGGUUUACUUCUACGUCUCUCCAUAUAGAAGGACACUUCAAACCUUGCAGCACCUCGCUCGUCCUUUUCAACGCUCUAGAAUCGCUGGCUUCAGAGAAGAGCCUCGCAUUCGAGAACAAGAUUUUGGGAAUUUUCAAAACAGAGAAAAGAUGCGAAUGGAAAAGGAAUUACGCCAGCGUUAUGGUCGUUUCUUUUACCGGUUUCCAGAUGGAGAAUCCGCGGCUGAUGUAUAUGAUAGAAUAACAGGAUUCAGAGAAACGCUGAGAACAGAUAUUAAUAUUGGACGGUAUCAGCCACCUGGGGAGAAGAAAACAGACAUGAACUUGGUCAUUGUGUCUCACGGUCUAACACUUCGAGUUUUUCUCAUGAGGUGGUACAAAUGGACGGUUCAACAGUUCGAGGGUCUCAACAACAUGGGCAACGGAAAUAUGCUUGUUAUGGAAAAGGGUUUUGGUGGAAGGUAUAGCUUACUGAUGCAUCAUGGAGAAGAGGAACUAAGACGGUUUGGAUUCACGGAUGAAAUGCUGAUUGAUCAGGAGUGGCAUAAAUUUGCAAAGCCUGCUGAUCUGAAUUACGAUUGUCCAAUGGUGAAUUCCUUCUUUCCCCACCUCAGUGACAGUGAAGAAACAUGCAGGUACGAUUACGAACAAGGAGGGUGAUCAACAAUUUAUACCAACUUCAUAGUCAAUGCAUAGGCUACAACUACAAAGAAUAUUUUUUAGUUAAAUAACGAUAAUGAGGAGUACGUUCUUGUAACUAAUUAGUAGAAAAAGUUGUACCCAAAAAAUUAAAUAUAUAUAUAUAAAGGAAGAAUCAGAUGUCUGUAUGUGAUACUGUACACAAUGCAGUUCCCGUAUGAGCUACUUCAUAAUCACGUGGGGCUAUCUAGCUCCUUAAUUAUUCACUUACAGUUGGGUAGGA